AUGAUGGACUGCGUCUUUGAGCCGGGGUUUGAUCAGGCUACAGCCGAUUUGAUCAUUCAACUACAGCUUCAAGAUGUCGGCCUUUAUGCUGAAUACUCGAAAGGGAAGUCCCGACAACCCACAGAUGAAGAGCUGGCGUUUCAAUUACAUAACGACGACUUGGAAAGCGUGUCCCAAUUGCUCUCCGAUAGACGGAUGGCCAUGAGUUUUGCAGCAGCGGUUCAAACCGAUGCGCAGAUUCUGGCUGCCAGCCAGGUGGAAGAAGAUAAUAUAGCUAACGACCGGGAUAUUGCUCGUCACUGGACAGAAAACGCUGGAUGCCCUAUUGCUGCAAAAGAUUUGCCGUCGAACUCUGAAUCAACGGCCCUAGAUGAUGAGACUUUGGCUAAGCUCCAGAUCUUAUAUGUGUCUGGUAUGGAAGGUUACCAGGAUAUUGACAGCGUGGACGAAAGGGAGACAGAAACAGAGCAAGCCGAAUCAUCUGCGUGGGCUGCCCACCGAAUCCGUCAGACACCAUCACGAAUGCAUCGCUGCAUAGCUUGUGCAGAAGACACGGAGUUUGUCAAUGUGGUCGUGAUAGCUGUCGCUGCGGUGCUCAAUUCUGCUACAACUGUGGAUUACGGUGGAAAAGCUGUUCAUGUGAACAGUGGAAUGAGCAUCGUCUCCUUGCGCGUGCAUAUCAAAUAA